GCAGGCGGCUCACCGCGUGCGCGCGCGCACUCACACGCAUCCAGCAUCGAUUGCGGCUCCUUUAAGAAAACCUAAGCCAGAAUUAUCACCCCACCUCCUCUUGAUCUCCUCGAGACGCUUUUGCAUAAGAAAAUCAAGCCGGGAGCCGAGAGUGAUCAAAGAGAGGAGAAGCUGCUUCAUUUUUUCACUCUGAUUGUGACCAUUAACGUUCCAGCCGCCGCCGAUCCCGUGGAGACGCGCGUCCCGCCAUCAUUCAUCCACCACUUUUGACAAGCGCUCGCGUUGUGACUGACUGACUGACAGGCAGAGCGGCGAGAAGCAAUGAGAGUCGUCAGUUUUCUUUGAGGGACUAUUUUAUUUUCAUCCUGCUUUUUUUUUUUUUUUUUUUUUUUUUUUUUUGAGGGGGGUAGAGAGAAGGAGAGCCGAGGACCUCUUCGCCGCGCACAAAAGCGGUGGGCUGCCGUCACCGCUCCGGGAUUUUGGCUUGAAACAUCUCCCCGUUUUUAUUAUUUGUCUGGAUUUUCUUCCUCCACAGUUCGUCUCCACCCUGGCCUCGGAGGGGAUUUAUCCAAAGUGAAAGGACGACCAGGGAGUGAGGAGGGUUAUGGCGCAACGGUACGAAGACUUGCCCCACUACGGGAUGGACGGGGUGGGCAUCCCGACCACCAUGUACGGAGACCCGCACGGCGCCCGAUCCAUGCAGGCGGUGCACCUCAACCACGGGCCCCAGCUGCACUCUCACCAGUACCCGCACACCGGCCACACCAACACUAUGCCUCCUAGCAUGGGCUCCUCCGUCAACGACGCUCUCAAGAGAGAUAAAGACGCGAUAUACGGGCACCCCCUGUUCCCUUUGCUUGCACUGAUUUUUGAGAAAUGUGAAUUAGCGACUUGCACCCCCAGAGAGCCCGGGGUGGCGGGAGGAGACGUGUGUUCAUCGGAAUCUUUCAAUGAGGACAUAGCAGUUUUUGCAAAACAGAUUCGGGCAGAAAAACCUUUAUUUUCAUCGAAUCCAGAAUUGGAUAAUCUGAUGAUCCAAGCCAUCCAAGUUUUACGAUUUCAUCUUCUGGAGCUGGAGAAGGUACACGAACUGUGCGAUAAUUUCUGUCACCGGUACAUCAGCUGCUUGAAAGGAAAGAUGCCCAUCGACUUGGUCAUAGACGACAGGGAGGGGGGAUCCAAAUCAGACAGCGAGGAAAUCACGAGAUCGUCGGUGCCCCUUGAUCAGACGUCCUGGAACAGAGAUCAUGACGACACGGCAUCCACGCGCUCUGGAGGCACGCCGGGACCGUCCAGCGGCGGACACACGUCACACAGCGGCGACAACAGCAGCGAACAGGGCGACGGCCUGGACAACAGCGUGGCUUCACCAAGCACAGGGGACGACGAUGACCCGGAUAAGGAGAAGAAACGCAACAAGAAGAGGGGGAUCUUCCCAAAGGUGGCCACCAACAUCAUGAGAGCGUGGCUCUUCCAGCACCUAACGCAUCCCUACCCGUCAGAAGAACAGAAGAAACAGCUGGCGCAAGAUACCGGCCUCACCAUCCUACAAGUGAACAACUGGUUCAUUAAUGCGAGGAGGAGAAUAGUCCAGCCAAUGAUCGACCAGUCAAACCGUGCAGUCAGUCAAGGAGCUCCCUACAAUCCAGAUGGCCAGCCGAUGGGGGGCUUCGUCAUGGACGGCCAGCAGCACAUGGGAAUCAGACCACCUGGACCAAUGGGUGGAAUGGGCAUGAACAUGGGCAUGGAAGGACAGUGGCACUACAUGUAGCCUUGCCCCAGUCUGACCAAUCGUAGCACAAAGGGGGAUAACUGCAGGGUGGAGCAGAGGAUCACCUGUCUCACAGAGGCCUACUGAGCAUGGGAACGGGACUUCCUGAUGACGACAACCAACAGCAACCCCUCUGUCCACCUUCAACAUCCAAGAACAUUUUAUUCGGCUGAUAUGUGCACCAUGGAAACCUUCCAUGACUACCUACAAACUCCACUUCUCCAGCGAGGACGAUGCACCCGGGCCAGGUGCCCCAAACACCCCCCCUUGAUGUCUGAUCCGAUGGACCUUUGGAUUUUCCCUCGUGGGCACUGGACUCCUGAAGCCGCCGCCCACGUGUUCACUUGGAUUCCUCUGACUAAAGUGAUUGAGAGUAUUGAUGACAAAUAAAAGACGCUGGGUCAUUUGCACGUUCAUUUGGUGAACGCGGUACCUGGUAAAAUGUGUUAAGACUCUUCAGCAAAGAAAAAAGACUUUCUGUGAAGAGCGCGCCGCUGUUUGGAACGAUGGCCUGGACCGAGGAGAAGCUAAUGUCUGUAUCUGACAGGACACUAACAAAGCUAAAGUUGUGCCCUUUAACAAUAUAAAGGAAUGAAAUGUGGAAGGAUGAAACAACAGGAAAAAAGAAAGAAUGGAAGAUUUAAAGUAUAACUAUAUCAACCCCUAGUUUGGGAAGUGAGUGGAGAAAGAAAAUAUACUGUAUACUGUUGUAAAAUUACGCUGGACUCUCACAAGAACUGGGAAUUUAAGUAUUGUAAAUGCUAUUGUAUUGUUCUGCAUAUUAUGUUGUUUCUAAUAGAUUUUUUUAAAAAAAGGAUGUGAACUUUUUCUCUUUUCUUUCUGCUUUUUUCCACACUCUGUGCAUGUGUGUGUGUGUGUGUGUGUGUGUAUGUGUGUGUGCCGUCUCUCCAUAAAAUCUGACUCCGGCCCCUCCUUCCAUCCAAUCACGCAUUUUUAAGAGCAAAAAAAAAAAAAAAAAAAGAAUAAACGAACAGUUCGAGCAAUUUGA